AUGGGAGCCCAGGGCAGGGUGGUCUGCUCCCUGAUCUUCCUGCUGCGGGCCCUGGCUGAGCUGACUGAAAAUUCGGAGUUCUACUUGCUUGAGGAUUACCUCCUGGGUGGCCUCUUCACCCUCCAUGCCAACGUGAAGGGCACUGUCCACCUCAACUACCUGCAGGUGCCCAAGUGCAAUGAGUACGAGAUGAAGGUGCUGGGCUACAACCUCAUGCAGGCCAUGCGCUUUGCGGCGGAGGAAAUCAACAAUGACAGCAGCCUGCUGCCCAGUGUGCUGCUGGGCUACGAGAUGGUGGACACCCGCUACAUGUCCAACAACAUCCAUCCUGUGCUCUACUUCCUGUCACAGGACGACAAUUUCCUGCCCAUCCAGGAAGACUACAGCCACUACAUACCCCGCAUGGUGGCCAUCACCGGCCCUGACACCUCCGAGUCCCCUGUGACCGUGGCCCACUUCCUCUCCCUCUUUCUCCUUCCACAGAUCACCUACGGUACCAUCAAUGACCAGCUGCAUUUCCCAGCAGUGCUGCGCAUGGCGCCAGGUGUGCAUCAGCAAAUGGAGGCCAUGGUGCCGCUGAUGCGCCACUUCCGCUGGAAUUGGAUCCUUGUGUUGACAAGCAGCGACGACUAUGGCCGCGGCAGCAGCCAGCUGCUCAGCGAGUGCCUGGCCCACCGUGACAUCUGCAUUGCCUUCCGGGAGACGCUGCCCAGGCCGCAGCCCGACCGGACGAUGACGCAGCAGGAGCGUGAGCGCCUGGAGGCCAUCAUGGGCAAGCUGCAGCAGAGCAUGGCGCGUGUUGUGGCCGUGUCCUCGCCAGACCUGGCCCUGUUCAACUUCUUCCGCGAGGUUCUGCGCCAGAACUCCACGGGCGCAGUGUGGGUCGCCUCCGAACCCUGGGCCAUCGAGCCGGUCCUGCACCACCUCACCCAGCUGCAGCGCACAGGCACCUUCCUGGGCUUCACCACCGGGCAUCACCACCCAGAGCAGAGCGUGCCCAUCCCGGGCUUCAGCGAGUUCCGCAUGCACCGCUCCCAGGUCAGCCGGCCCGCGCUCAACAGGAGCAGCCCGGGGGCCACCUGCAACCAGGAGUGUGACACCUGUAUGGACACCUCUGAGUCCUUCAACACCAUCCUCACCUCUGGCGAACGCGUGGUCUACAGUGUGUACUCCGCCGUCUACGCCGUGGCUCACGCGCUGCAGAGCCUCCUGGGCUGCAACCAGACCGGCUGCCACAAGGAGGUGGUCUACCCUUGGCAGAUCGCUGUGUCUGUGUGUUCCAAGGACUGCCAUCCUGGGCAAAAGAAGAAGCCAGCUGGCAUCCACCCGGGCUGCUUCGAGUGUAUUGACUGCCUCUCUGGCACCUUCCUCAACCGAGCUGCAGGUGAAUUCGACUGCCAGCCCUGCCCAAGUUACGAGUGGUCCCGCAGGAAGGACACCUCCUGCUUCAAGCGGCAGCUGGCCUUCCUUGAAUGGCAUGAGGCACCCACCAUCACUGUGGUCGUGCUGGCUGCCCUGGGCUUCCUCGGCACCCUGGCCGUCUUGAUAAUCUUCUGGAGGCAGUUUCAGACGCCCAUGGUUCGCUCGGCCGGGGGCCUGUGCUUCCUGAUACUGCAGCUGAUGGCAUACAUGGUGGUCCCCGUGUAUGUAGGGCCGCCCAUGGUCUCCACGUGCCUCUGCCUCCAGGCCUUCCUCACGCUCUGCUUCACCGUCUGCAUCUCCUGCAACGUGCGCUCUUUCCAGAUCAUCUGCAUCUUCAAGAUGGCCAGACGCCUCCCACGGGCCUACAGCUUCUGGGUCCGCUACCAUGGGCUCUGUGUCUUCGUGGCAUUCAUCACGGUGCUCAAGACAGUCAUCGUGGGGAGCAGCAUACUGACCGUGACCACCAACCCCACUGCCCGCACUGACCCCGAUGACCCCAAGGUCACGACCCUGUCCUGCAACCCCAGCUACCACCGGGGGCUGCUGAUCAACACCAGCCUGGACCUGCUCGUCUCCGUGCUGGGCUUCGGCUUCGCCCACAUAGGCAAGGAGCUGCCCACCAACUACUACGAGGCCAAGUUCAUCACCUUCUGCAUGACCUUCUACUUCACCUCCUCCGUCUUCCUCUGCACCUUCGUGUCUGUCUACGAGGGGGUGCUGGUCACCACCCUGGGCCUCUUGGUCACUGUGCUCUACCUCCUGGGCAUCACCCUGGGCUACUUCGGCCCCAAGUGCUACAUGAUCCUCUUCUACCUGGAGCGCCACACGCCAGCCUACGUCAACAGCAUGAUUCAGGGCUACACCGUGGGGAGGGGAUAGCACUCCUAUCAUCUGCCCAUUGGGAUGAGGGCCUCAGCGUUGGGAGAUGGAGGCCGGGGGCUUGCUUGUUCAACUCCAGAUGUCUGCAAGGAAGCCACCCCCAACGAUUACCACCAUGCCCUGGUAUCUGAUUUGGCGUUCCUCCGAGGUUCUCUGCAUCCUGGCCAUUUUUACCCACCUAGCGAUGGAUGCCUAGAAACAUUUGCCCUUCGUUCCUUUCCCUCGAGCUGUUUAGCUUGCCAGGCAAUGCCACCCCAUUCUAGAAAAACAAUCCAAGCUGACCUAUUGGUCUCCAAGGACGGAGUCCAGUUUGGCAGCCUACAGCCGCCAUCUGGUGGUCACUGUGGGUACCUGCAGGUUCACGGUGAAGGGACGCCUGCUGGAGGGCUGGGCUGGGGUUGGAGGAUGUGAGCUCAAAUAAUGCUGCCCUGCCUCAUUCACUAGCUGCCCGUGUGUCCGCGUCUCAUCCCCGAGAUUCCCCCAGAGCACGAAUCCCCGGCUUCUCUGUUGUCUCUGAGUACGGCU